AUGGGGACGAGCUCCCAGAUUUUGCAAUCCCAGCUGGCCCCAAUCACUGCUGCUUUUGAGGGAAUCCAUGAGUUUUUCUACAUUGAUGGCAUAGGAGAAUGUGAUCCUGCAGAUGGUGUGGAAGAAGUCUUUCCAGGGCCAUACUUCUGCCACUAUAACCUCCCAACCCACAAUCUAGUGUCUUGCGCACAUGAAUUUGUUCUCGAUAUAAUGGAAUUGGAAGGCCCAUUUGACGGAGUCAUUGGUUUCUCACAAGGUGCCGCACUGGCUGCGUCAAUGAUGCUACAACAUGCAAAAGACAACCCAGAGAAAGAAGAACUCUUUAAACUUGCAAUUUUUGCCGGAGCUAGUUUGCCAUACAACCUCGAUAAUGUUGCGGGGCCCGCAGAACUCGAAUCCAAAGUUGAAGGAUCUGGAAUUUUAGAAACAGAGCCAGUAGCGUUCCCAGGGCCUGUUCAUUUAUCCAGCGCACCGUUUCUAUGCCUGUAUAAUCCAGAGACAGAAACAGAGACGGCGCGUAUUACUGUGCCUACCCUUCAUUUAAUCGGUCACCAGGAUCCGUUCUCUCGCCAGGGCAAUUCACUGGUAAAAUUAUGCUCGGGUAUCACAACAGUUGUCCGUCAUGACUCUGGGCACGAAAUUCCGUGUGAUAAGUUGUUUGUUCAGAAGGCCACAGCAUCAUUGGAGCAACUGAUCCAUACAGUGACCUUCCAGGUAUAA